AUGCCUCCGAUUGACGAUUUACCAUUAGAAGAGCAAGUCAUCUCAUUCCGUGACAUUGUUACCCUCUUCGUCGGGCCCGAAAAAACAAAGUAUUCCAUCCACAAGACCCUCCUUCAGGACACAAGAUUCUUCGAAUUAGCAUUCUCGGGACCAUACAAAGAAACUCAGACACAAGAGAUUUGGCUGCAGGACGAGACACCGGCAACCAUGACAUUUUUUGCCGGAUAUCUCUACCGCAAGAAUAUCCCAACGGGAAACACCCAGCAAUACCUCAACGACCUUUACGACUUCUAUAUUUUUGCUGAGAAAAUAGACCAUAGGAACUUAAUGGAUGCUACCAUGGAUAUGAUGCGCCUCACGUCCCAUACAUUCGACAAAUACAUCGACACUGACCUCCUGGUCAAAGUCUAUAAUAACACGUUCGCCGGCUCGGGACUCCGCAAGUUCGUUCAUCACCUCUUUUUAUAUGCCUUCUACCGUAACCGCAAAACAGCCAUCAACACGGAGCGCAAACUUUUCCAACGAAAAGCUAAAAAGGAGGGGUUAAAGCAUCAGCACUACACAGUAAGAUGGAAUCCAAUCUUCAAACUGGACAGAGACGAGAUCAAGGUCAUUCAAGACAUGUGUCGAGAUAUGUCUGACCUCUUUGCUGAUCUCAUAGAGCGGUUGCUGGCUCAGAAGAAGUACAUGGAAGACCCGAGACAACAGAGUCCAGAUCGUGAGUGGACUUGUUUCGCGCACUGUCAUGGAGAGGACGAUAUAUGUGGACAGCGGGAUAACGAGCCUGAAGAGACCUUUUGGGAAGAUAAUACGAAUGCGCGUGGGUAUAAGCGAAGAAUUUGUCAUGAUAGUGAGAGUGAUGGGGAGGAUGAAGCAUUGACUUAUAGGCUGGCCAUGAAGAAGAGAAAGUCUGCGGUGGGCGAUGAUAGUGUCAUGGAGAUGCAUGAGGAGAUUGUGGAGAUGGAGAAGGGGGAGGAUGAGAUGAUGGAGGACGAGAAUGUCGAUGGGGAACCCAUGGCAGAGGAGGAGAUAACGGACGAUGAAAACGUGGAUGGAUGGCCUAUGGCGGAAGAGGAUUUGACAGAAGAUGAGAAUGUAGAUGAAGAACCGAUGGAGGACUCGGAAGGGGAAUAUGAAGAAGAUCUUGAAGCUUCCUUGGCGGCUAUGAAGAAGGAGUUGGCUGCUGACCGUGUUGGGGAGGUGGAAGUCGAAGAGGAGCUUUGA